AUGCAGGACGAUAUUGCUGAAUUACGACGUCAACUGGAGGAAGAGAGACGGGCAAGGGAAGAGGCGGAACAGCGCCAGGAAGAGGCGGAACAGCGCCAAGAAGAGGCGGAACAGCGCCAGGAAGAGGCGGAACAGCGCCAGGAAGAGGAGAGACGGGCCAGAGAAGAGGAGAGACGGGCCAGAGAAGAGGCAGAACAACGACUGCAGCCCAACUCUCUAUUUCGCCUUCUCGAUCGCUGCCACGAAUCUCUGUCACAGACGAUCCGAGUCGAGACGAACGCGACCCUGACGACCCAAGGCAACGUGACUGACCCCGUCAAUCGACUUUUUCCCAAGCGGAUUGUUCCAUGGCUUGAUUUCCCUCAGAUCCAGGAGCAAAUCUGGAAGAAACUCGAGCGUGCAGUCGGCUUUACCUCACGUCCGCUCUUUCCUUCCGAUAACCAGCUAGACUAUGUCGCAACAAAUGUCCAAGACCGACCGAUUUACUCAGAAGCGACUUUACGAAAUUUCGAGCGAGACACUGUGGAUAACUUUGUUGAAAAGAUUGUCGAGGCAUUACGAGGCGAUGAAACUUUGCAACGGGAGUUUGGUAUUGAGGGCCGAGUGGCCUUUUAUGACCGC